UUGGACAACAAAGCUGCCAGUCCGCCUGCUGGCCCUCUCUCUGCUUCAUCGCAUUGAUAUUCUUAGCAACCCCGUAUAUUUCUGGAAAUGAGCAUUACUACCGCACCCUACGGCAGCUGGAAGAGCCCAGUAUCAGCGCAAGAUGUGGCUUCGGCCUCCUCGUCCCUGAGCGAAGUGCAGGUGGACCUGGCGCACACGAACCGGGUCUACUGGCUGGAAUCCCGUCCGUCAGAGGGCGGGCGUCGCGUGCUCCUGAGCAAAAACCUGGACGACUACACGGACGACUCUCUGCGCGAGCACACCAGCGACAAGCAGUGGAAUGUGCGCACGGCGGUGCACGAGUACGGCGGCGGCAGCUACGCGAUCCUGGACGGCCUGAUUGUGUUCUCCAACUGGUCAGACCAGGGGCUGUAUUUUAUUGACACAAACAGCAAGGACCAGGCGCCGAAGCGUAUUGCCGAGCAGAACGACAAGCUGCGCUAUGCCAAUAUGGUUAUCCAUGCGUCGAAGAAGUUCCUGGUGGCUGUGCGCGAGGACCACCGCGAGGUUGACAUUGACGCCCCGGCCACACUGGUUGCUAUUCCGCUGCCCAGUGACAUGGGUGCUGGCGAAUCCAAGCCAACAGAGGACAUUGUGCUGUUCAGUUCGCAUGACUUUGUGUCGAGCCCGGUGUUCAGUCCCAAGGACGAGAUUGCGUUCUACGCCUGGAACCAUCCUGACAUGAACUGGGAUGCGACGACGCUGUUCCGCGCCACGCUCUCCUUUGACGCAGCCGGCAUUGCCAGUGCCCUCGAUAACCUGACUGUGGUUGCUGGCGGCAAGGACGAGCCGCGCGAGAGCAUCUACCAGCCGCGCUUUGACGAGACUGGCCGGCUGCAUUUCUUGUCGGAUCGGAUUUCAGGCUUCUGGAAUCCCAUGCCCAUGGAGGCCGAGUUUGGCCAACCCGAAUGGGUAUUCGGCGUGUCCACAUUCCAGGCCAUGCCCGGACGCCCCGACACCGUGGUGGUUACGUUUGUGCUUGACGGCAAGACCCGCCUGGGCCUGCUCAAUGUCAUUACGCAUGAGAUCGAGGACCUGCCGCUUCCCGAGUGGACGUCGCUGAGCAACUUCCAGUUCGGAUUCACCUCGCGGACCAAUGAGCCAGUGCUGGUUAUGCUUGCCGGCGGGCCCAAGGAGAAGACUGACCUGUACACGUACUUUGUCAAUGGGUUCGAGAACAAGGCGCUACUGUCGGCCGCGCCCCAGACGUUUGCGCUCGACGAGCAGUCGAUCUCGGUGCCUGAGGAGAUCACGUUCCCGACCAAGCUGCCACCCUUCGACGUGGCCGGCCGGGACGCGGUUGCCUACGCAUACUACUACCCGCCGACCAACAAGCAGUUCAAGGCGCCCGAUGGCGAACUCCCGCCGCUGCUGGUUUUGAGCCACGGUGGGCCGACGGGCGAAACCGACUCCGUGUUGAGCAGCAAGAUCCAGUACUGGACCACGCGCGGGUUCGCCGUGGCCGACGUCAACUACGGCGGGUCGACCGGCAAAGGCAGGGAGUACCGCGAACGCCUGUACCCGCAGUUCGGCGUAGUCGACGUGCAGGACUGCUGCGCAGCUGCCCUGUAUUUGGCCGAGAUCGGGCGCGUCGACCGCAAGCGGCUGACAAUCAUGGGCGGCAGUGCUGGCGGAUUCACCACUUUGGCCUGCCUGGCGUUCCGCCCCGAGGUGUUUGCCGUGGGCGCCAGUCUGUAUGGCAUCUCGGAUCUCGAGAUUCUGGCGCUCGAGACGCACAAGUUCGAGUCGCAGUACCCUGUGCAUCUGGUCGGUCCGUAUCCGGAGGCCCGCGACACUUACUUGGCAGCGGGACUCGAGGACAAGGUUGUGCCGCCGAACCAGGCCACGCUGAUGGUCGAGGCAUUGCGCAAGAAGGGAAUCAAGGUCGCCCAUAUCGAGUUUGAGGGCGAGCAGCACGGGUUCCGCCAGGCCAAGAAUAUCAUCAGGGCGCUGGAGGCCCAGUUCUACUUCUUUAGCAGGGAUCCUGGGCUUUGA